AUGCUGAUUUUCGCGAUUUUGGUGGCGAUUUUUGGCGCCAGCACCGCAUUUCAAUCGAAUUUUCAAUACGGUUGCCAAAGUUCCGGCAGGUGUGCUUUUCAGUUGAUUGUGCCAAAGGUGAGUGUUUUAGGUUACUGUAGUUCUUGAUCUACCGAACAUUUGGAUCUUUUUGAGACCAAAUAAGCCUAGGGUUACUGUAAUUUUUGUAGAUCACGUUUUUGGCGCGAAAAAAUACUGUAACCCUAGCCAUGUUUGGUCUCAAAAUAUAUCUACAGUACUCCAGAAGCCCUUAGAUUACUGUACCUCGAUUUAAAGGGACACACAGUAAUCCUAAAAAAAAACCCAACUUUCAAAAAUUGUGAUCCAAGAAACCAUAGGCUUGUUCGGUCUCAAAAUGAAGCUCUUGAUCAACCGGUUACUGUAAUUUGGGUCCCGCAGCGAUCUACAGUACUUUUUCAACUUUCAGGAAGUCGCGCAAUUCAUCGACGAAGCUCAACUCUCCUCGCAACUCUCACAAAUCUCCUCAAAUCUUCUCGCUCUCAAUUCCACCGCCAACAGUCCAGCCAACACUGACAGUCUCACCAAUUUCACCCAAACCUUCAACAAUUCCAUCAUCCCGGUUCAAGCGCAAGCCACAUCACUUGGCCAAACUCUGACUACAGUAACCCAAAAUGCUACCGUACUUCAGACCAGUGCUGACAACUCGAAUCAGACUGCCCAACUCUUAUUCGACGCUAUCAAGUGCUUCCAAAAUUUGAGCAUCUCAAGUUAUCAUUGUUAUUCGGCUCCAGUUUAUACUACUGUUGCUCCAAGUACUACUGUAGCUCCAAGUACUACUGUAGCCGCGGGGACUACUACUGUAGUCUCAGGAUCUACUGUAACCGGUGGAUCUACUGUAACUGGUGGGACUACAGGUGUUCCGGUUUCUACAGGAACCGGAGGAACUUCAGCUACUGGCGGAAGUACUGUAGAAUCUACAACUGGAGGAUCUACCGAAGCUGGAAGCACUGCAGAAUCAACAACUGCCGCUAGUACUGAAACGUCCACAGUAGCCGUUGAAUCAACUACAAAAAAAAUAUAAGUUUUUUAUCGAAUGAAGAUUUUCUUGGUGUUUUUUUUUGAGUGUAGAUCAAAAAUGUCAGGAAGGCGGCUAGAGUGUUUCUUUAGAGUACUGUAGAUCGCUGCAAGACCCGGAGAGGAUCAUUUUGAGUAUAAACAAGCCUUGCGCCUUUAAAAUAAUUUUAUGAAUUCCCAAUAAUCUAUUAUGUCCCUUUGAAGAAAAACAAUUUUACUUGAAACGUCUAGCAUAACUUCCAGCAUAACUAGCACAGUUUCCACUACCACCAUUUCAACCACAACACUCCCGCCAACGUGGCAUUGUUUAGAUGACACGUGGACACUUUUUGAUAGAGAUACUUAUCAUUGGUGUAUAAAACCAGUUUAUGAAAGAGUUAAGUUAGGUAACGGAGGAUCGCUUUGUAUAAAUUCAGUGCUAACCGGCUUCCAAAACGCGAAUGAAUUGGCUACUAUGUCAGAUAUAGUUGUAGCAUAUGAUAGUUCUAUUUAUUCCCUUGCAAUAGGCGGUAUUCGAUCAGCCAAUUGUAGAACUAAAGCGAGCGCAGCAAGUUGCACACCAUUGAAUAUGUUCGAGUGGACAGAUGGGUAUACAACUGGAACCGAUGCUUUUAUAUGGAAUCCAUCAACACCGAACGGAUGUAUUCGUGAUCCAAAUUGUGCGGAUGGAAUGUACUUAGUAGCCGUAGUUCCGACUAGAGUAGUGGAUGAUUAUCAGUAUGAAUUAGAAGUUAGCGGAUCUUUUUGUGGAAUGGUCGCUGAAUAUUCUUGA